UCUAAUAUAUGUUGGGUACCAUAGAGUGAGACUGGGAACAGGAAGCGGAGGCAGAAGCAAAGAGGAUUCUGGAAAGGUCUCUCUGUUUUCUUUUCCACUGAGAAUACAGAAACUGUAAUUAAUUUGCAAAUCUUUGUGGGCAGAAAUCUGGAUAAUUUCAGGAGGAGGCAUAUUAUAUUAUCAUAUCGUUUUUGGAUGCUGGGCUUUGCUGUGAUUUGUUCUCUUUUCAUCAGAUAAACAUUGGAUACAAACAAAGUGGGACAGUCUUGAAGAAGCUUCAGCUUCAGAGGAGCAUUUCUACUCCAGGUCUGUAACCUUUUGAGUUCCACAUUCACCUAGAGAAGUGGCCCUUACUAGAACAACAGGUUCAGUGCCUCCAUUUCAAAAUCUGCCAUUGCCCAGAAACACAAAGGACAUUCUUAUGCAAGAGGCUAAACAUAAUUAAAUUUGCAGGAUGAAAAAAUGGCACAGGCAUUGCUGGUACCACCAGGACCUGACAGCUUCUGCUAUUUUACUAGAGAAUCUCUCGCAGCUAUUGAAAAGCGUGCCACAGAAGAAAAAGCUAAAAAACCCAAACAAGAUCAUACAGAUGACGAUGAUGAAAAUGGCCCAAAGCCAAAUAGUGACUUGGAAGCAGGAAAGACACUGCCAUUUAUUUAUGGUGACAUACCUCCAGGAAUGGUGUCUGAGCCCUUGGAGGACCUGGACCCAUACUAUAUCAAUAAAAAAACUUUCAUAGUACUGAAUAAAGGAAAGACAAUUUUCCGAUUCAGUGCCACUUCUGCCUUGUACAUUUUAACUCCUGUCAACCCCGUUAGAAAAAUUGCUAUUAAGAUUUUGGUACAUUCAUUAUUCAGCAUGCUUAUUAUGUGCACUAUUUUGACCAACUGUGUAUUUAUGACCAUGAGUAACCCUCCGGAGUGGACAAAGAAUGUAGAGUACACGUUCACUGGAAUUUAUACCUUUGAAUCUCUUAUAAAAAUUCUUGCAAGGGGCUUCUGUUUAGAAGGUUUUACUUUCCUUCGUGACCCAUGGAAUUGGCUUGACUUCAGUGUCAUUUUGAUGGCAUAUGUGACAGAAUUUGUGGACCUGGGCAAUGUCUCAGCAUUGAGAACAUUCAGAGUUCUCCGAGCAUUGAAAACAAUAUCAGUCAUUCCAGGCUUGAAGACUAUUGUAGGAGCCCUUAUUCAGUCUGUGAAGAAGCUCUCAGAUGUAAUGAUCCUGACUGUGUUUUGUCUGAGUGUAUUUGCACUAAUAGGGCUGCAGCUGUUCAUGGGCAACUUGAGGCAUAAAUGCUUGCAGUGGCCUCCAGACAAUUCCACUUCUGAAGUAAACAUUACUUCCUACUUGAAUAGCACAAUGGACGUAAAUGGUACCUUUGUUAAUACAACUGUGAGCACGUUUAACUGGAAGGAAUACAUUGGGGAUGAAACUCAUUUUUACAUUUUGGAAGGACAAAGAGAUGCCCUACUUUGUGGUAAUAGCUCUGAUGCAGGUCAAUGUCCAGAAGGAUAUAUAUGUGUGAAAGCUGGUAGAAACCCCAAUUAUGGCUACACAAGCUUUGACACAUUCAGUUGGGCGUUCUUGUCACUCUUUCGGCUGAUGACUCAGGACUUCUGGGAAAAUCUUUAUCAGUUGACGCUACGAGCUGCUGGAAAAACAUACAUGAUAUUUUUUGUUCUGGUGAUUUUUUUGGGCUCUUUCUAUCUGGUGAAUUUGAUCCUGGCUGUUGUUGCUAUGGCCUAUGAAGAACAGAAUCAAGCAACCCUGGAAGAAGCAGAGCAGAAGGAGGCAGAAUUUCAGCAGAUGCUUGAACAGCUAAAAAAACAACAAGAAGAAGCUCAGGCAACAGCAGCAGUAGCAGCAGCGUCAGUUGCAUCAAGAGAUUUGAGUGGAAUAGGGGGAUUAGGGGAGCUCUUGGAAAGUUCCUCAGAAGCAUCGAAGUUGAGCUCAAAGAGUGUUAAAGAAAGGAGAAACAGAAGGAAGAAAAGAAGACAGAAGGAACUGUCUGAAGCAGAGGACAAAGGAGAUGUUGAAAAGUUCCCCAAAUCUGAAUCAGAAGACAGUAUCAGAAGGAAAAGUUUCCGAUUCUCGAUGGAAGCGAGUCGACUGACAUAUGAAAAGAGGUUCACUUCCCCCCACCAGUCUUUGCUGAGUAUUCGUGGCUCCCUAUUUUCCCCAAGGCGCAACAGCAGAACGAGCAUUUUCAGCUUCAGAGGUCGAGCAAAAGAUAUAGGAUCAGAAAAUGACUUCGCUGAUGAUGAACACAGCACUCUUGAAGACAAUGAGAGCAGAAGAGAGUCUUUCUUUGCUCCAAACAGACAUGGUGAAAGACGCAACAGUAACAUUAGUGAAGCCAGUAGGUCAUCCAGGAUGGUAACAGCGCUUCCACCAAAUGGGAAGAUGCACAGCACAGUAGAUUGCAAUGGGGUGGUUUCUUUGGUUGGAGGACCUUCAGCUCUGACUUCGCCUACUGGACAGCUUCUCCCAGAGGGCACCACUACAGAAACAGAAAUAAGAAAAAGAAGAUUGAGUUCUUAUCAAAUUUCCAUAGAAAUGUUGGAAGAUUCUACUGCAAGACAAAGAGCAAUGAGUAUAGCCAGCAUACUCACAAACACAAUGGAAGAACUUGAAGAAUCCAGACAAAAAUGUCCACCGUGCUGGUACAGAUUUGCAAACACUUUCUUGAUCUGGGUCUGCUGGAGCCCAUGGUUAAAAGUAAAACAUAUAGUCAAUUUGGUCGUGAUGGAUCCAUUUGUUGAUCUUGCUAUUACUAUCUGCAUUGUUCUAAACACAUUGUUUAUGGCCCUGGAACAUUACCCAAUGACAGAACAGUUCAGCAGUGUGCUGACUGUGGGAAACCUGGUAUUUACUGGGAUCUUCACAGCAGAAAUGGUUUUAAAGAUAAUUGCCAUGGACCCUUAUUAUUAUUUCCAAGAAGGCUGGAAUAUUUUUGAUGGUAUUAUUGUCAGCCUUAGUUUAAUGGAACUUGGUCUUGCAAAUGUUGAAGGAUUAUCAGUUCUCCGAUCAUUCAGAUUGCUCCGAGUAUUCAAGUUGGCAAAAUCUUGGCCAACACUGAAUAUGCUGAUAAAGAUUAUUGGUAACUCAGUGGGAGCUUUGGGAAAUUUGACCUUGGUGCUGGCCAUCAUUGUCUUCAUUUUCGCUGUGGUUGGUAUGCAACUGUUUGGUAAAAGCUACAAAGACUGUGUCUGCAAGAUUGCUACAGACUGUGUACUUCCACGCUGGCACAUGCAUGACUUUUUCCACUCUUUUUUGAUUGUAUUCCGAGUGCUGUGUGGAGAAUGGAUAGAGACUAUGUGGGACUGUAUGGAAGUUGCAGGCCAAGCCAUGUGCCUUAUUGUUUUCAUGCUGGUCAUGGUCAUUGGAAACCUUGUGGUAUUGAACCUGUUUCUGGCCUUGCUACUGAGUUCAUUUAGUUCAGAUAACCUUGCUGCUACAGAUGAUGAUAAUGAAAUGAACAAUCUCCAAAUUGCCGUUGCAAGGAUUCAGAAGGGAAUAGAUUAUGUGAAAAAAAAAUUACGGGAAUUCGUCCAAAAAGCCUUUGUUAGAAAGCAAAAAGCAUUAGAGGAAAUCAAAGCAUUUGAAGAUCUAAACAACAAGAAAGACAGCUGCAUUUCCAACCAUACUGUUGUUGAAAUAAGCAAAGAUCUUAAUUGUCUGAGAGAUGGGAAUGGAACUACCAGUGGUGUAGGAACAGGCAGCAGUGUGGAAAAAUAUGUAGUUGAUGAAAAUGAUUAUAUGUCUUUCAUAAACAAUCCAGGCCUUACUGUGACAGUACCUAUUGCUAUUGGAGAAUCAGAUUUUGAAAAUUUAAACACAGAAGAGUUUAGCAGUGAGUCGGAUAUAGAAGAAAGCAAAGAGAAGCUAAAUGCAUCCAGCUCAUCCGAAGGCAGCACAGUUGAUAUUGCCCCUCCUGGAGAGGGCGAACAAGCUGAGAUUGAACCUGAAGAAGCUCUUGAACCAAUAGCCUGUUUUACAACAGGUUGUGUGCAGAAGUUCACAUGUUGUCAAGUAAGUAUAGAAGAUGGCAAAGGCAAAAUCUGGUGGAAUCUUAGGAAAACCUGCUACAGCAUAGUUGAACACAACUGGUUUGAGACAUUCAUUGUCUUCAUGAUUCUUCUGAGCAGUGGCGCUCUGGCUUUUGAAGACAUAUAUAUAGAGCAGCGCAAGACUAUCAAGACCAUGCUGGAAUAUGCUGACAAGGUUUUCACAUACAUCUUUAUUCUGGAAAUGCUUCUGAAAUGGGUUGCCUAUGGUUUUCAAAUGUAUUUCACUAAUGCCUGGUGCUGGCUGGACUUCUUGAUUGUUGAUGUGUCGUUGGUUAGUCUAAUAGCCAAUGCCUUGGGCUAUUCCGAACUUGGUGCCAUUAAAUCGCUUAGGACACUAAGAGCUUUGAGACCUCUAAGAGCCUUGUCACGAUUUGAAGGGAUGAGGGUGGUUGUUAAUGCCCUGAUAGGAGCAAUUCCAUCCAUCAUGAAUGUGCUACUGGUUUGUCUGAUAUUCUGGCUAAUCUUCAGCAUAAUGGGAGUAAAUCUGUUUGCUGGCAAGUUCUACCACUGUGUUAACACAACAACUGGUGAGAUGUUCGAUAUCAGCGAUGUUGACAAUUAUACUCAGUGCGAGGACCUCAUAAAAAAGAAUGAAAGUGCCCGAUGGAAAAAUGUGAAAGUAAACUUUGAUAACGUAGGCGCUGGGUAUCUUGCGCUGCUUCAAGUAGCUACAUUUAAAGGAUGGAUGGAUAUUAUGUAUGCAGCUGUUGAUUCGCGAGAUCUACUAGAUCAGCCUAAGUAUGAGGACAACUUGUACAUGUAUCUUUACUUUGUCAUCUUUAUCAUCUUUGGAUCAUUCUUCACCUUGAACCUUUUCAUUGGUGUCAUCAUAGACAACUUCAAUCAACAAAAAAAGAAGUUUGGAGGUCAAGAUAUAUUUAUGACAGAAGAACAGAAGAAAUACUACAAUGCAAUGAAAAAACUGGGGUCUAAGAAACCACAAAAACCUAUACCUAGGCCAGCGAACAAAUUCCAAGGCAUGGUCUUUGAUUUUGUAACAAAACAAGUAUUUGACAUCAGCAUCAUGAUUCUUAUCUGCCUUAACAUGGUCACCAUGAUGAUAGAAACAGAUGACCAGAGUGAUGAAAUGGAAACUAUUUUACACAGGAUAAACCUGGUAUUCAUUGUCCUUUUCACUGGAGAAUGUGUCCUGAAAUUGAUUUCACUCCGUUAUUACUACUUCACCAUAGGCUGGAACAUUUUUGAUUUUGUGGUUGUCAUUCUCUCCAUCGUGGGUAUGUUUCUAGCUAAGGUGAUUGAAAAAUACUUUGUGUCCCCCACCUUGUUCAGAGUUAUCCGACUCGCCAGAAUUGGUCGAAUCCUGCGUCUCAUUAAGGGAGCUAAAGGGAUCCGUACUUUGCUUUUUGCUUUGAUGAUGUCUCUUCCUGCUUUGUUUAACAUUGGUCUUCUGCUUUUCCUGGUCAUGUUUAUCUAUGCUAUAUUUGGAAUGUCCAACUUUGCCUACGUUAAGAGGGAAGUUGGGAUUGAUGACAUGUUCAACUUUGAAACUUUUGGCAACAGCAUGAUCUGCCUAUUUCAAAUUACCACAUCAGCUGGUUGGGAUGGUUUGCUAGCACCAAUUCUGAACAGUGGAGAACCAGACUGUGACCCUUACAAAGAUCACCCAGGAAGCUCUGUUAAAGGAAACUGUGGUAACCCUUCAGUUGGGAUUUUCUUUUUUGUCAGUUAUAUUAUCAUCUCAUUUCUAGUUGUAGUAAACAUGUAUAUUGCUGUUAUUUUGGAGAACUUCAGUGUUGCUACAGAAGAAAGUGCCGAGCCCUUGAGUGAGGAUGACUUUGAGAUGUUCUAUGAGGUUUGGGAAAAGUUUGAUCCAGAUGCAACCCAGUUUAUAGAAUACAGUAAACUCUCUGAUUUUGCAGCUUCACUGGAUCCUCCUCUUCUUAUAGCAAAACCAAAUAAAGUUCAGCUUAUUGCAAUGGAUCUUCCCAUGGUAAGUGGUGACAGAAUUCACUGUCUUGACAUCUUGUUUGCUUUUACAAAGCGUGUUUUGGGGGAAAGUGAUGAGAUGGAUGCACUUCGAAUACAAAUGGAAGACCGGUUUAUGGCAGCCAAUCCUUCUAAAGUCUCCUAUGAGCCAAUUACAACUACAUUAAAAAGAAAACAAGAGGAGGUAUCUGCUACUGUUAUUCAGCGUGCUUACAGAUGUUAUAUUUUAAAGCAAAAAGUUAAAAAAGUCUCCUGUGUGUAUAACAAAGAUAAAACCAAAGGGGAUGGCCUACCUGUCAAAGAUAUGAUUACUGAUAAACUCAAUGAAAACUCCACUCCAGAAAAAACAUAUGAGAGCUCCUCUACAACCUCUCCACCUUCCUAUGAUAGUGUUACUAAGCCAGACAAAGAGAAAUAUGAAAAAGAUAAAGUAGAAAAAGACUAUAAAGGUAAAAAUGUUAGGCAAAACAUGUUAGGCAAAACAAAUGUUAGGCAAAAAAAUUAAGAAUGCUGUUUGUGUGAAAAACUGUUUACAGCCUUUGAAAGAUGUAGUUGUGUCAACAGGACUCCUGUAGGAGGUUUAUGCCAAACUGACAGUUUUUAUAUAUACAUAUAGAUAUAUAUA